AUGACAGAUCCGAGCAAUGGCGCGUGUCCUCCCGCUCAGACCGGUUUUCAAUCCGGCCUCCCUCGAAGCUUGACUCCACGGCGCUCAUCUACUUCGUCAAGCUCGGGACUGUUUCCGAUGUCUCUGGAUACUUCUGGUCAAUCAACUCCGAUGGGUUCAUUAGAUGGGAGAUUGGCAAGAAAGCGAGCUGCGAGAGCAGUAAGUAAUUCGCCUUGCAUUUCUAUUGGUGUGAAGCAGCUGACAUCUUCGAGUGUGAUCAAUGCCGACGACGAAAGUCGCGUUGCGAUGGCCAGCUAAAUUGCUCAGCGUGUCGCGUUGUUGGACUUUCUUGCUCGUACGGCCAUGUGAUCAAGCAGGCUAGAGGUCCGUCUUAUGUGGCACAUCUAGAGAAGAAAGUCGAAGAAUUGGAAGGCCGCAUCCGAAAGGCGUCUGUUGCGUCCGAGGUUAGCACAGAUGAUGCGAAAUCGCCAUCUCAGUCACCACAGUUCGGCAGCUCUUUCAACACCACUCCAGCAACCAUUGCGGCUCCACCUACAUCGUCAGUGCCUUCGCUAUCCUUGGAGUCACUCAGUUUCUCAAACUACUACAGCUUUCACACAUCUACGGUCUCCUUCAGCGAUUCCAUGGUCAACACUAUCACCUGCGAGCCGCGAGGAAAGCCGUUUGGGGUCGACAUACUAAGGCAACUCUGUAAUCACUGCAAUCAGAUUACCUCACCACCAAUAUCGACUCGACCUGAAUCUUCAAUAAAGCUCGCACAGGCUUUGGAUUGUCCAAAUUCGUUGGAUUUACUCCCCAUGAACGCCAAUGGACCGCCUCUGCUGCCUGCUAAAGCUAUGGUGCUGCGCUGGAUCAACAUUGCCUUCUCCGAAGCCUUUCUCCUUUGGCCAUUCGUCGAUAGGCCGCAAGUCGAGCGAACGGCUUUCCGUCUGUACAAUACCAACACCUUCGGGCAAGACGAAAAUGAUGGCGAUGACCUAGCCCUGUUAUAUGCACUAGUGGCGUUAGGCCAGCGAGUUGACAUGGGAAGUAGCUUGGUUGGAUCUGAAAGGCAGACACAGGGGUAAGCAUGCACGAAGCAAGACAUGGCCUGGCUAAAGACUGACCACAUCGCAGUCUUCCGUACUUUGGUGCUGCGGUAAGCAUAGUCCCGCUUGCAAACUGCGAUCGAAGUCUCUCUGCUGUUCAGACGGUGCUUUGUCUAGCGCUGUACCUCAAAGCCAAUGCAGCCCAGAUGCGAGUCCAUGCGUAUGUUUCAGCUGCAACGAGCGCUGCUCUACGUAUGGGCCUGCAUGAGCAUGUACCCUGCUUUCCCGAGGAAGAACAAGCACUCAGACGCCGGGUCUGGUCAUCGAUUUGCAUGCUGGACACUUUUGUAUCGACAUCCCUUGGGCUUCCUCCGACGGUGCCAAUAGACCAGCCAGAUUUUGAUCCGUUCCCUUGCCUCCCUUCGACAAGUUCGGACGAUGAGCUUUUGCCCGCCACGGCACAAUUUCACUUGGCGCGAAUCUUGCAUCAAGCUGUCCACCAAACGUACUCGGCCAGUAGUGCGAAAAGAGCGGUGGAUACUGGGACGUACUCUGUUUCGAGACUGGGUCUGAAGAACGCUGCAAUCCAGCUCGAUGCCUGGAUCCAGGGCUGUGUAACACUCUCGACGCCCGUUGAGAACAUGACGAGGUGAGUGUGCAUUUAUUGCUGUAAUUUCAAAACUGCUAAUUGCCACGGUGAAGGUCACAAUUGCUACUUGCCUACUGGCACGCAUAUGCGCAGCUACUUUUGUUCUCUCCAUGCGUACACCACCUCGCAGACCCCAACGUGGAAAAGGGUACUCCGGAGUACUACUUUGGCACAAGAUGUGUUCAAGCAGCACUCAAAGCCGUGAAGCUAGCAGAUCUGCUGCACAAAGGUCCCCAUUUGAACGAAGCCUACUUUUCGACCAUCGACGUCCUCGCAUUCGCCGCCAUGACGCUCCUCGUCGUCCAGUUGGGAAGCUCGGAUGGUUCUCUCCUAGGCGAGGCCAUCAAAUCCGGCAAGCGAGCCAAGGAGCUCCUCCUCAUGCUUUCGCUACAAAGUCGCACUGCAGCGGAGUGCUGGGAGGCUCUAUCCGUAUGUUGGACAUCUUCGCUGAAGGAAGCUUGCCCCUCAUCUCUGAAAUCACCUGCUGAUAAGUCCACUUCUGCUGCGAAGCCGGUAGAUCAAGCCAGGAAGACACCGCCUUCGUCUACGUCUGCGAGGAGCAUGUAUCCGAAACGGCCAGAAGUGCGGAACACGGAUAGUGGGAUUGGCGGGAUAGGGGAGAGUCCGACUGUUUCUCCUGUCAUGGCGCAGUUUAGUGGGGAUUUUUGUAGUCCGGCUGAUGUUAUGGAUAGUGUUGCUUUGGCUUGA